CUCCUCUUUUCAGGUGACUGCUUAGAGCGUAAUAUUGGUGCAACUGGAGAUUUUCAUCAUAUUACUGAAGCUAUGGACUGCAAGUGUAAGCAACGAUGCAGAGAAGCUGUUCACGAGGUCACAUUCUCGGCAAGUAAAUGGCCUUCUGGAGCGACAGACGUAAGGAUGAUGAGUACUCUUGGAAGUGUCUUCUAUGAACAACUAAACUACGAGUUACUUCAAGAAUCUGAGGCCUAUGGUCUUGUGAACCUAAUCGCCGACUUUGGCGGGCACCUUGGAUUGUGGUUAGGUACUAAAGCCACUUCUUAUUGCCAUCUUUUAUUACUUGUUUAUUUUAUUUUAUUUGACUCGUCUUCACAUCUCCUAUGCGGAUCGCAGUACUUCCCACAUUCAGUUCGUUUCCUCAAAGGCACCGUCAUCUCAUAUCGGAUAAAGGCAAAUGAUGACAACGAAAAUAUGACCAGUUCGGAAAAAUGGUAA